ACACACACACACACACACACACACACACACACACAGACUCUCAUAUGCAAAUGAAGUGGAUCAUGAGGCUCUGAAAACACACGCCCACAACAGCAGCAUCACUGCGCUGCACCACAGAGAGGGACCAGGGAGAGCACACUCCCAUCUCUCUUCCUCUCGGUCUCAUACGAGCACAUACACACACAUAGGCAGACACGUGCUGCAGGAAAGAUCUGAGUGUUGGGUCGCUGAGCAUUCAGGUCCCCCCUCCCCUACUCCUCCUUCUUCUUCUUCUUCUCUCUCACUCUCUCACUCCCUCGCUCCCUGUUCACCUUGUCUGUUCCGGCUGUAUGGUUUAUUGUUGCGUCAGAGCCAGCGAGAAGCAUGCCGGGGGAGAGCGCACACAGAUCUGUCCCCACCGACAAACAUCCAGAGCCAGGGGCUGAGGAGACAGGGCUCCCUGGACCAGAUAUGACAAGACACCCAUCUACUGACUCCACUCCUAGUGACAGUGGCUCCUCCCCUAGUGACAGUGGUUCCAGCCCCUCUCCCAGUACUCCUCAGAAGCUACUCCCAGCAUGCAACUCUCCAUUUGGACCACGCCUAUUUCAUGCAACACCCAGCUCUUCUGGUACUCCAAGACCUCAACCUGAAGGCUCUGACCGCCGCAGCAACACAACCAGAUUGUCUGGAAAGCUAGGUGGACAUGGACCUUGUGGUCGCCACAUCCCUGUUAAAAUGGAAAGAAUUAAGGUUCUGACUGGUUCUGAGGUAGAAAGCGACUAUCAAGAGCCCCAGACCAUUGACACAAGGGUGGUGAUGGGUCAGGAGACACUGCUUAAAACAAUGGAAAUCCAGGAAGGAAGACUUCUACUGGAUUCAAGGAAUCUGGCUAUCCCCUUGCCAUAUAUUCCAAGCUUCUCAAAUCCACAGUCACAAGCAAAAGAGACCCAGCCGGAACUUGUCAAAGAAGAAAGCCAAGCUCAAAGUCCUCAAAAGCAGCAGGAGCAACAAAAAGAACCUGUGCAAACUCCAACCUUACCCUCCUCCUCUUAUCACAGCACCUUAUGCCCUUCCUCAUCCACCCUGGAGCCAAUCACAACUGAUGGCAAUUUUGUUGAACAUGAGGAAGAGGGUAGAAACCUUUCUAACAAUGAAGUGCCUUCCCACCCUUUCUCUGAGCGGGCCUGCCCAGUUGCUUUGUCCUUCAAUGAGCCACCCUAUACUGUUGACCCCCUAAGAGUGGGUGUGCCCUCAUCCCUUGACCACGACCUGUAUUAUACUGCACCUUCAACUCCUAUCAAGAUGGCUUCUCGCUCCUUGCACCUUAAACAUCAUUCAUAUCCUGGUUCUCCAGCUUGCCCACUCUCCCCUGGCUCUCCUUCAGACAGUGAGGAUCUUUGUUCUCCUCUCACCUCUCCUUCUGGCUCUUAUAUCACAGCCGAGGGUGGCAGCUGGGCUUCAUCGUACACCUCGUCAACCUCCCCCUCCACCUCACCCAACUUGCUCCUCACUGAAGAAGCACAGGAGGCCCCUGCUUGCUUUGUGGGCUCUUUAUCAGAGAUUGGAGAUGAAGUUGGGGAGGACAAGGGACGAGUCGGUCCAGAACGGGAGGAGGAAAGAGCAGGUGAAUUCUGCCUUUAUCAUCCUCCAGAAUUUGUCAUGAAUUCAAGAAUGGGUAUAACAGGAACAGCGAUCCUUGAGGAAGAUGAAGCCCUAAAAGGGGAGGAGGUCAAGAUAUCCAGAGAAAGUUGUCGUCCUUGCUGGGUGACUGAAGAUACAUCUCCUUUAAGAAGCAGCAGCAGCCAUAGCAGUGAUUCCCAGGAGGAUGGGGGAGAAUCCGAAAGCUCACUCUGCCCAUUGGUAGAAGCUGGAAGAGCAGAGUUUGUGAGUCCCAUGCAGACAGGCCUUAAACUGCAACUGGAGGCAUGUUUAUCAGAAGAGCAUUAUGCGCAGAUGGACGACCUACCAGAAGUACUCUCCACUGCCUUGACUCCUGACACAGAGAACAUGACCAUGGCCUCUUCUAGUCCUGACUCACCUGUCAUCCCGUUGAAUGCCUUCUGUCCUGGAGCCUUUGGAAGGCUGGGCCCAAGCUCUUUCAUGCUUUCCCAAGCAGCCUGUAUGGAUGAUAUACCAGAUGACGAAAGAAUGAUCCCUGCCUCCCUUAUCUCAUUCCCCCUCCACACAAGUCUUAUCUUCAAGGCUGAUUCAAUGGAAAUUACCCUCUUCCCCACAGAGGAAGAGAAUGACGUAGAAAAAAUGAAUGACGAACACAAAGAAAGAGAUGCAAAUGCAUAUGCAGCAGGUGAGGAUGAAGCAGAUGUUGAAGAUGAGGAUGAUGAUGAAGAAGAUGAUGUUGACUUUGACUAUGAUGGCAAUGGUGACAGCACUGCUAAUGCCGCUACUGGUGGUAAUGAUGAUGAUGUAAACAAUGAAGAUGUUGUCAUUGACAACCAUGAUGAUGCAGAUGAAGAAGCUAAGGUAGAGGUGAAAGUGGUAGAAGAGGAAGAAGAGGAGGAAGAAAAAGAGCAGGAAGUAGAUGAUGAGGAGGAAUGUGACAGCAAAGCAGUGAAGGAUAAUUCAGAUGAUAGCUCAGCAUCCUUCCUUCAUUCACUUUCAGAAACAUCUAUUAAUGAGGGGUUGGAUGAAUCCUUCUGUUUCCAAGACGAUACAGAUGACUCACUGGAUUCUGCCUCUUAUAAUGGGGAGGAAGAUGAACGUCUAUACAGCACUGAGAGGCAUGCACAAUCACUAGAACCCACAUCAUUGGAUGCACUUGAUCAGACUGAAAUCCAGUCAGAACCUACACAGGGGUCUACCACUGGAACUGGUCAAUCUGAACCUAUGCACAUGCAACACAUCAUGGAAAAUGUAGAUCAUGCAGCCAUUGCAGCCCAGCCAGAAGGCAAGAUAAAUCAAGAUAUAGUUCCCAAACCUCUGGAUGAACCUAAUCUCAUUAAAUCCAAGUCGGACCAUAAACUGGAAUCUACCAGUGAAAUAGAUCAAACGGCAUCUUUUCACACACAGCUAAUUACAGGCAAACCAAUGGAUCAAAUGUCCCGUCAACCAGAGUCCUCAAACAAUCUGGGCGAGGGUAGGAGUGAGAGUGAGAUGAUGACUAUCUCUGUUUCUUCCAACUCUCUUCAGCAGCCUAAUGACAACCUUUAUUUUCAUUGCUCCACAACUCCUGUGGUUAGUCAAUCUCUUCCUGGCCAUGCUGCUGAGUUCCAAAAAAUCCCUCCUAUUGCCACUUUCUCGCAGGAGACCACAGACAUUCACAUAUCUGUUGUUUCAGAUAAAAGGGCUGAGGAAAAUUCUAAGAAGAAAGAUAAAAAUUUGAAACCGAGCAUUGAUCAUUCAGAGGUGCAACCCAAAGAAAAACCAGAAAAAGACUCUUUUAAGUUGCUUAUCAAGCCCCGUCAUAAUCAGCCAGAGAGCCAAAAGACAGUUGGAGCAAGCAGACUUGCAUUAUCAAAGUCAUUCUCCAAUAAAGUUGAUGUGCCUGGAGCUGCAGAGGCCAAGUGUAGAUCCACUAUGCACAGGGAAUCUGACAUUGAACUUGACCAGAAGAAUGGGAAUGCCUCAGCAGAGUUAAUGAACAGGGAGAGCACAAGCAUUGAUUCUGGCCCCUCUAUGAAUACGGCCACUGCAACCAAUGACUUGAAUAAAGGUGUUCUUUUUCUCUCCUGUUCUAGUCCCAACCCUUGCACCAAUCCCAGUAAUAUCCCUGUGUCUACUUCUCCAGAGAUUAUCCCAGAACUUGCUGACAAUCUGGAACUGACCCCUGAACACUGCCCAUGUGACUCUGCCCAGGAAAACUUGAGGGAAAACACCCUUACAACUGAUGAUGGGGUGCUGGGUGUCGUUGGAUCCCCACAUUCUCCACUGGCCAUUUCCCCUAAAAGGGAAAACUCAGAGACAGAGACAAACAGGGAAAUGGUGUCCGGGGCAACAGCAUGGUGUGACGACAGGAUGGGGCUGGGACUACAUCUAGGAUUAGGGUCCGGAGUUGAGUUUGGUGUCUGGGGAGCAGGGGAGUCUCUUUCCCUGUCAUUGGGGAAGAGAUAUGAGGUAGAAGCAGAGAGUCUGCUCAUGUGUGAUGCAGAGGGCCAAAGCACACAAACUGCUUUGGCUCCUGAGGCAUUGAGCAGUGAAAUGUGCCAAAAUGAUGACAAUGUUCUGGAUUCUGUUUUGGAUGAGGAAGAUAACAGUCUAUGUGGAGAUAGGGACAAGAUGGCGGAUGAAGAGUUAGUAGUGGGGGGAACUUCUGAGUCCAACUUGACACAUUGGAAAUCCAUUGAGGAGAUCUCAGAAGCAGGGGGAGGAGAGGAUGGAAGCUCAAGAUUCCCAGAGGAUGAUGUCAGUAAUCUGAAUCCAGACCAAGAUGGAGAUAACACAGACACACAAAUACAAGACACUUGGAAGAAUUCUAACAAUAUCAACGACUCUGCUUUUGACCCCUUGGAAGUAGCCAUGUGUGGGAGUUUGAAUGCUCUAUCAGAGGAAGUGAGACCCCAGAGUGUCAGUGUCAGUGUUAGAGAGUCUGUGUCUAAUAUUCCACUUGAGGAGAUACCACUUCAGGUUUCUAACACCAAUUUUGGUGAUGGAGAUGAAGACAAAACUGGCAGAUCCAUUAGGCCAUUAGUUGACACUAAAAUCAGCCACGAGUGUCAAACAAUCACUCAAGAUAGUAAUGCCCCAUUUUCUUUGCUACAUGGAUCCUUUGGUUCAUUUUCUCCUAAAUAUAAAUCUAAUCAAUCCAGACAAAGUAUAGCCUGUCAACACAAAAUGCAGAAUACCAGUUCUCAUUCAGAGAUGGUGAAGCCUCAGACUCACCAAAAAAGAGAUGAAGUCAGUCCUGUGACUGACAGACUUGUCGAUGAACCAAAGACUAAAGAUGCCUUUAGAGGACAGCAGUGUGUUGUUUGUAACUCAGGGGAAGAAGAUGAAAAGGAAAAACCAGAGGAGAAAGCAAUAGACGGUGGUCAACAGAAAGUCAUGAAGAACAAAAAGGGAAGAACGACAUCUUCUGCACAGAACAAGCCAGAACACUUUGCGUGCCACACACCCAAGGAGGGACUUUGCAAAGAUACACCAAAUGUUUCUAAGAAAGGGAGAAGAGGGAAGCAAAAUGAAAAUAGGGCAUUCCAGACAGGCAGUCAUGCUGACUCUAGCCCUGAAUUUGUUGAUGAUCCAAAGGAACCAUCUGUUCCCUUCAACACAACAGCAGAUGGAUGGUCAAAGGGAAUCACAGACGAUUCUAAAACUAAGAAAGGCCAAAAGGCAAAUGACAAAGAGUCAGUGUCUGACUGUCAACUGAGGACAACUGGGUCAGACAAGGCUGAAUCUGGUUCAGAGAUCCAGGGGGAGAACAGUUCCAUUCCUGAUGUCAAAAAUCCUACCCAUGGAUACUACAAGUUAUCCUUACAUACCCCACACAACCUCAAUGUUGUGAUGACAAGGAACCAUGAACCACAUCAGGCACAGGAGGUUCUCGAUAACAGACCCCUAUCUGAUAGUCGGAGAGGAAUUACAUUGGACAUUAAUGACAACAAUAUAGCUACUGAUCACAGCCCAGCAACCCAGGAUAUCUCAUCAUGCUCUCUGACUCCACUUUCUUCCUCAACAUCUCAUGUUUCCUCCUCCUCCCCCAUACCUUGCGCUUCAACAGACCCUGAAGAUGAUCUUCCCACACCGGUGCAGGAAUCCCAACCUGCGCUUUUAGCCCAGCAGCAGUCUUCACUGCCUUUGUGCCCCACCAACCCUACACUUUUCUCACCUUCCCCUACUACACAACAAGCCCCUAAUUCCCAAUUUCUUCCCAACAACAACCUCCAGGAAGUCACUGUUGUCCUUUAUACAUCAACUACAUCCACCACAAGUGUUUCUUCACCGUCACUCUCCACUGCCUUGCCACUGAGCCUGUCUCAGCCUACCCAGGAGUCUUCUUCACCUGUCCUGGGGACUGUUGAUUCAGCAUGUGUUUCCAACACAAUAUCAUGUCCAAAAUCUCAUUCCUUCUCAGAGUCUCAGCCUAAUCUCAACAUCCAGGCUCACAAAAAAACCAAGCAGGGUCACACAUCUAGCAAACAAGGCAGGUGCAGAGGUCCCAGUAUGGCUGAGGAGGACACAGAUAGUGAGGAGGAUGUUGGACUGCUGCCACGCAGUCACAGAUCUCAGCCCAGUGCAGUUGCAGAAAACAAAAAUGGAUCCAUGCAAAAAGAUUCGGGUCCAUCUAAUCAACUGGAGUUACAGCCUUUCUCCGCCCACAAAAUCACCGACAGACAGUCAGGCUGUCCAAUCAACCACAGUCACAGGAUUUCUGAAGAGAUCAACCUAUCCUUCAAAAACAAUUGCUCCGUGAUGACUUCCUGUAAUGAGUCGGAGAGCGAGGGGUCAGUGCCUGAGCUAGAAGAGCCAGAGCCACUGAGACCAUCAGAGCCCCAGUCAAUCUCCUCUGCAGAUGAAGGGCUAAACAGACCGAAACAGAGUCGCAGUGAGAAGAAGGCGCGCAAGGCCAUGUCCAAACUGGGUUUGAAACCGGUACAUGGUGUGACCAGAAUUACCAUCAGGAAGUCCAAGAGUAUCUUGUUUGUCAUUAGCAGACCAGAUGUGUUCAAAAGCCCUGCAUCAGACAUCUACAUUGUAUUUGGAGAGGCAAAGAUUGAGGACCUGUCUCAGCAGGCUCAUAAAGCAGCAGCAGAGAAAUUCAAGGUGCCUGUAACCUCAUCACCUUUGGCUCCACCUGUCCCACCCAGCCUCACCAUCAAAGAGGAGAGUGAAGAGGAGGAAGAAGAGGUGGAUGAGGGGGGUCUCGAACAGAGGGACAUUGAGCUGGUGAUGGCUCAGGCUAACGUGUCACGAGCCAAGGCUGUCCGUGCACUAAAACACAACAAGAAUGACAUUGUGAAUGCAAUCAUGGAGCUGACCAUGUAAGUGGCGAGGAGGAUUUGACCAUUGACCCCCUCCCACAUCAUAUAAAGCCUAAACGCCACUGACUCUUCUGUAUCGCUGCUACUGUAUGUUGCAUCCCCAGUAUCUGCUAAAUAAAGUCUGCUCCAACGUGG